AAAAAUGAAGCUUAUCGACUAUGGUGUUUCGUUUGCAAAUUAAUCUGGUAUAAUUAGGUUAUCUUUAAGUUUAGAUUAAGUCUUAUUCGUACCAUUGUCUAGGUUUAAUCAACGCAAAAUAUUGAAGUAGAAGAUAUAUAACUUCAGGACUUAAUAUACAUAUAUGUAAUAACGAGGACUUACCUAGAAAUGUGAUGUAAUUAGACUUAUAAUGAUUCCAGCAACCUUCUCGUAGCCAGUUUAAUUAUUUUUCUUCUUCGUGUUUAGGACUACCAUUUGGACAGCUAUCAUAUCACUGGCGUAUGCGGUGUUUCUUUAGGUAUCCAAAAGUGGUCCUGAUGAGAGAUGAUGACUUCCCAUGAGGGUCUGGAUAUAUUCUGCAUCAGAGAAGAUGACGUCAUUAAUGAUCAUUAAGAUUCCUAACGUCCUUAAUAUUUUAAGAAAUUCGAUAAAUGUAUUGUCGUUGAUUUGUACAAACUGCUACGAUACCAUUACUUAAUGUCUCUGACUUUACGACAGUUCUUCACUGAUGGAGCAGCACAUAACUCCGGUGCAUUCUGGCUCUGACUGAACCGUUCCAUACCCCCACCCUUGGAUUUUUCAACCCCUUGCUUUUCCGCGCAGAAACGCAGAAGAGACAAUCGAUAUCGCGACGAUGCUCCACGCAGUCACAGCGCAAACGGUGAGGCGUCAAGAUCGUUCUUAUCGCAUUUUCAUCGUCAUGGAGCUUGAACUAGCAAAAUACAAGUCUUAUGCGCGCCACGUCAUCACUCGGCUGAUCUUUGCAGGAAUUUGGCCUGAAUCUAAUAAAACGAUCAAGACAAUCCUUUACUUCAUCAGUUUCACGUCAACACUGACGGUGUCGGUGACGUCUAUUAACUUUGGCAUUCAGAACGCCAACAACGUUAUAUUGCUGACCAAAGGCAUAGGCUUGGCUUCGGCAUUUUCUUCGGUCUUUUCCAAGGCUCUCUUGCUCCCACUGCAUCAAGAAGACAUCAUCUUUCUCAAGAACCGCCUCACGACCAAGUUUAUGAGCGACAUGGAAACGAUAGAGUAUCGCGCAGACCUGCUAUCCAGUGUACACGUCUUUUCCGCGUUUUUUAACAUGCACGAGGCCAUGGUGGCUUUUGCCAUGUUCAUGUACUGUUUUGUUCCGCUCUACGUGUUAUUCAAACACGGCACCUACCUGCGCACCUAUCCCUGUCUCUAUCCAUUUUCCUAUACACCAGGUGGCCUGGUGCACUGGCUUAUCUACGCUCUGGAAGUAGCUGGGGCGAUCUCCGUUUGGACUAUCACGGUUGGAGCCGACUGCGGAUUCCUUAUGUACGCGCUAGAGCUCUGUGGCGAGUUCAAGAUUCUGGCGAGAAAAUUCACGGAAUUGAAGGCCGGUGAUGGCUACAAGAGAAAUUUGAAGGAAUGUAUCGAGAGGCAUCAUCUCAUAAUUGAAGCCAAAAACAGAUUAGAGGAUUCUUAUGGACUAAUUGUUAUCUGGUUGGCUCUUUCGGGAGCAUUUCUCCUGUGCUCCCUUAUUUUCCAGAUUACUGAGUUAUACGAUAACCAUGGUAGUUACGUGCGCAUAGCUCAUCUAUGCUCUCAUCUUGUGGCUAAAAAUCUCCAAAUCUUUAUGUAUGCUUGGUAUGGCAACCUUAUAGCCGAUGAGAGCAAAGCAUUCCUGAACGCAAUGUACGAUUCACAUUGGCCUGAAGCUUGUGACAAAAACUUCAAGAAUGAUAUUUUGAUAGUUUUGACGCAAGAACCAUUAGUGGUUGUAGCUAAGGGUUGCAUGUAUGUUCAACUGGAUAUGUUUACUAAAAUCGUUAAGACUUCAAUGUCGUAUUUUUUUUUAAUACAAACAUUAGCAAAUUAAAAAGAAAUUUACAAAGUUGUUAUUUAUGCCAUUAUCUCAAGACUGUAAUUGUUCAUUACGAUAGUUCUCUCUUUUAAUUCGAUACUACUACCGAUCUACUUUUGUGUGCCGAAUAGUGGUUUCAAAUUAAAAUUUUACGGACAACUAACAUUGUCUGUUGUAAAAAAUAGUAAAGAAGGACCGAUCCUCUAAGGACUCUUUUUUCACUCACUUUACUGUGAUAUACAAAGAAAAGUUGUGUAAUACACUGUUUACAAGUUCUUGAUUCUUUACAGAUAUCAAUGGUUCCUAUAUCCAUGUGAUUCUAUCUCAGAAUUAGGAUGGAGAUAGGAUCAUACGGGUAAGAGCCUAUAUCGAUGUUAAUAACUAUUUGUUAAUAAAUAUUGAAAAAUACGUACAGUU